AAUAAAAAAAAGGGAGAUUAAAUGAAUGGCCAGAAAAGAAACGAAAGUAUAUAAGAAAUGUAAUUGAGACGUAACGAUUUUAAUUGAUGCACAAAACACACCCAAAACUCUUUCUAAAUUAUGUCUUUUCUUUAUAAAAAAACCUUGCUUGUAAAUUCGUUUUUAAGCAGUUGGUUUUUUUUAUUGUGCAGUGAACUGUACAAUAGUGUUUAUUGCAGGGGACAACAUUUUAAAAUCCUACUUUAGAUAUAAAUACUAUUAUGAAUCACCAUUGACAUCAAUGCAUUAUCACUCAUGUUGUUGCAUUGUUGUAUCAGCGUCUCUCUUUUAUUCCCCCCCAAAAGCUAGAACUUAUACUGCAUGCAAAUCUCCCUAACCUCAGACAGAGAUAAAUACACUGCAAAUCCACAGCAGUCUGUGUGUUUAGUUGAAUACAAUAGAGGAAUUAAUGAACUGGCCUCUUCUUCUUCUUCUGAUAUCCUCUGUGUCCUAUGUGUGUGGCAUCAGUCUGACCUCGUCUCCUGCUGAGGUAAAACCUCCCGGAUCCUCAGUGAAGUUGUCCUGUCAGAUUUCUGGCUAUCAGCUCACUGACUAUGGCACAGGCUGGAUCAGGCAGCCUCCAGGAAAAGCCUUGGAGUGGAUCGGGAUCAUAUGGGGUGGUGGAGGCAUAGCGUCUGGAGCUUCUUUUAAAAGUCGCUUUAGCAUCUCCCGAGACACGAGCAAUAAUGUGCUUUACUUGGAUAUCAGCAACCUGGUGGCAGAAGACACUGAUUCUUAUGGACAGUCCCUGACCUCCUCUGCUUCUGUGGUGAAGAGACCUGGAGAGUCGGUCACUCUGUCCUGUACUGUCUCUGGACUCUCGCUUAGCUGGUUACACUGGAUCCGUCAGAAACCAGGACAAGGUCUGGAGUGGAUCGGACGUAUUGAUAGUGGCACUGGCACUAUAUUCGCUCAGUCUCUACAGGGCCAGUUCUCCAUCACUAAAGACACCGAUAAAAACGUGCUGUAUCUAGAAGUGAAGAGUCUGAAAGCUGAAGACACGGCUGUUUAUUACUGUGCACGAGAAUAUUCCGUGGCAACUGGGGCUGACUACUUUGACUACUGGGGAAAAGGAACCCAAGUGACUGUAACAUCAGCAACGCAAGGUCCCCCGCAGUCCCUGUCUACCGCAUGGCAGUGCGGCCCAGCUGGUUCAGACGGUUUAAUCACCCUCGGCUGUAUCACAAAGGAUUUGCCUACCACUGAUGGACUGAGCUUCAUAUGGAAGGAUGCAAGUAACCAGAAAAUUUCAUCUGGCGUUGUGCAAUACCCAGCUGUGCAAGAGAGUGGAGGCUACAGUGCGGUGAGCCAAGCCCGUGUCAAGGCUUCUGACUGGGAUGCAAAAAAGAAGUUCACCUGCGAGGAAAAUCCCAAAGGAAGCAAAUUGGCAGAAUUGAAAAAGCCAGAAGUGCUCCAGCAAAAUGCAUCUCUGCUUCUAACAGCUCCAACCCAAAAAGAACUAGAAAAAGGAACAGCUACUUUCGUCUGCUUAGCUUCCGAUUUUUCACCUAAAUCACACUCAUUUAAGUGGACUCAAGAUGACAAGCCUGUCUCUAAAGUCAAAGACACCAUAGUAAGCCAGAGUAACAAAGUUUACACUGCCAUAAGUGUUUUGCAAAUGACCUCCAGUGAGUGGACCGGCAAAGUUAAGUGCACAUUCACGCAAAAGGACUUCACUGAUUCCAAAGAAGCAGUUUAUGGGGAAGCACCUGACACAACAACGCCAAAGGUGGAAAUAACCCCACCUUCCACCAAGGACAUGCUAUUAUUGAGAUCUGGCAAGCUGGUGUGCAGUGUCAAUGAUAUAAAUGGUUUCAAAAGCAUUAAAUGGCUUAUUGGUGAUAGAGAGAUACCCUCCCUACCAAGACAAAUCUUAUCUAAAUCGGUACAACUCACAGCCAAAAUCGAUUUCGAAGAGUGGAGGAACGGCACCAAAUACACCUGCGAAGUGGAACAUUCAAAAUUCCCACAGCAGUUUGAGAGAGAAGAUUUCACAAGGGAAACUGGCACCACGAUAUGCCCCAAGGUUUACGUGCUCGCUCCACCAGAGACUUCAGAAUCAGUGACCCUGACUUGCUAUGUAAAAGACUUCUACCCUAAGGAGGUGUAUGUGUCUUGGCUUGCUGAUGAUAAACCAGUGGAGGGUCUGAGCUACUAUAAGGAGAACACCACCGUUCCCCAGAAUGACAAACAAUUUUCAAUGUAUAGUCAGCUGAUUGUUGAUUCCCAAUCUUGGAAGAAAGGCGUUGUGUACACCUGCAGGGUUUAUCACGAGUCCAUCGAGGACCCAGUGCGCCUCAUAUCCAGGUCCAUCCAGGCUAGCAGUUCAAAUCCACUCAACUUAGUGAAUCUCAGCCUGAAUGUUCCCUCAUCCUGCCCUAGUUGCUAUGAUUUUACAAAGUACAUCUAUUAUGAGAUGGAGAUCGAGGAGGAUAACAUUGCAACCACAGCUAUAACAUUUGUAUUCCUCUUCAUAAUCACCCUCUUCUACAGCAUCGGAGUGACUGUUAUCAAGACGUGCCAUCAUCUCGGAUUUGAGCCAGAAGAGUUUGUGGCAAAUGGUACAAUCAAAAUGAGUGCAGACACAACCGGCGACAACGUUACACUUUUUUGUUGGCUGGACGGUUUUGCUCCUAAAAAUGUUCAAGUAUCAUGGUAUAAAAGUGGUAAUGAACUUAAAAACAACCCACCCAAGAAGACAUUCCAAUUGUCCAAUAAAUCCAACAAGUUAUAUUCUAUACUGAGUGAAAUCAGCACUUCAAAACAGGAAUGGAAUAAAGACACAGAGUUCAAGUGUGAAGUCAAACACAAAUCUUGGAAAUUUGAAAGUACAUUGAGCAUGUGCAAAGCUUAUCAGACGAACAAACCGCUGAUACGUCUGGAGAAACCUUCCCUCGAAUCAAUACUGACACAAAAACAAGUAAUAGCCUCCUGUGUUGUGGAAACUCCACUCAAUGCCAAAGUGACAUGGAUUAAAGAAGGAACUACAGAACUGAAUGGAGCCACUGAAAGAAGAGUGGGUGAAAUAAUUGUUAGCAAUUUGACUAUCAGUACCCAACAAUGGAAAGACUUGCAGACAUUAACAUGCAAGGCUGUACAUAAGUGUUUUCCUGAUGUGGAAAUAAAGAUUAAUAUUAAAGAACCGAUAAAGACAACUCCUACAGCGGUGAUCAGGAGGAACCUCGCAGAUUUAGAGAAAGAAAAUGCCGCAGUUCUUGAAUGUGUCGCUACAGAUCUGCCUUCUGGUGAGCUCGAAGUCACCUUUAAGGCCAAUGAAGGCACGCCCUUUGGAACUCAGUAUUUCAAGAUGUCUGAAAACAUGGACACUCAUACUGCACGUGUCACUAUUGAAAAUGAACACCGGACUAAAGAGAACACUUUCACCUGUCAGAUUAAACAAAGCGAUUCUGCAAAGUGGACUUCCACAUCUACAGGAAAACUUUUUGAUGAUCCUUCGGUGGAACUUUCAGCUAUUUACAGUGAAGUCGGAUCUACAUCACAAACGCCGAAACUUCUUUGUAUUGCAACUGGAUUUAACCCAAAGAUCAAAUGGGUUCCAGCACCUGCAGGAAAUGUUAGAACUCAAGUAACGAUGCAAGCAGAUGGACGUGUGCAAGUGCUCAGUGAGAAUACGGUUCAACAACAGGAAUGGAGUUCUGGAACGGAUUUCAAGUGUGAGGUCAGCGAACAGGAUCCUUCCAAAAAGAGAGAGAUGAGUAUCAAUGUUUGUGCAGCAUAUUCCAUUUCUAAUCCAGUGAUACGUCUGGAGAAACCUUCCCUCAAAUCAAUACUUAAAGAAACACAAGUAAUAGCCUCCUGUGUUGUGGAAACUCCACUCAAUGCCAAAGUGACAUGGAUUAAAGAAGGAACUACAGAACUGAAAGGAGCCACUGAAAGAAGAGUGGGUGAAAUAAUUGUUAGCAAUUUGACUAUCAGUACCCAACAAUGGAAAGACUUGCAGACAUUAACAUGCAAGGCUGUACAUAAGUGUUUCACUGUCGUGGAGAUAAAGAAUAAUAUUAAAGAACCGAUAAAGACAUCUCCUAUAGUGGUGAUCAGGAGGAACCUCGCAGAUUUAGAGAAAGAAAAUGCCGCAGUUCUUGAAUGUGUCGCUACAGAUCUGCCUUCUGGUGAGCUCGAAGUCACCUUUAAGGCCAAUGAAGGCACGCCCUUUGGAACUCAGUAUUUCAAGAUGUCUGAAAACAUGGACACUCAUACUGCACGUGUCACUAUUGAAAAUGAACACCGGACUAAAGAGAACACUUUCACCUGUCAGAUUAAACAAAGCGAUUCUGCAAAGUGGACUUCCACAUCUACAGGAAAACUUUUUGAUGAUCCUUCGGUGGAACUUUCAGCUAUUUACAGUGAAGUCGGAUCUACAUCACAAACGCCGAAACUUCUUUGUAUUGCAACUGGAUUUAACCCAAAGAUCAAAUGGGUUCCAGCACCUGCAGGAAAUGUUAGAACUCAAGUAACGAUGCAAGCAGAUGGACGUGUGCAAGUGCUCAGUGAGAAUACGGUUCAACAACAGGAAUGGAGUUCUGGAACGGAUUUCAAGUGUGAGGUCAGCGAACAGGAUCCUUCCAAAAAGAGAGAGAAGAGUAUCAAUGUUUGUGCAGCAUAUUCCAUUUCUAAACCAGUGAUACGUCUGGAGAAACCUUCCCUCAAAUCAAUACUUAAAGAAACACAAGUAAUAGCCUCCUGUGUUGUGGAAACUCCACUCAAUGCCAAAGUGACAUGGAUUAAAGAAGGAACUACAGAACUGAAUGGAGCCACUGAAAGAAGAGUGGGUGAAAUAAUUGUUAGCAAUUUGACUAUCAGUACCAAACAAUGGAAAGACUUGCAGACAUUAACAUGCAAGGCUGUACAUAAGUGUUUCACUGUCGUGGAGAUAAAGAUUAAUAUUAAAGAACCGAUAAAGACAACUCCUACAGCGGUGAUCAGGAGGAACCUCGCAGAUUUGGAGAAAGGAAAUGCAGCAGUUCUUGAAUGUGCCGGUACAGAUCUGCCUUCUGGUGAGCUCGAAGUCACCUUUAAGGCCAAUGGAGGCCCGCCCUUUGGAACUCAGUAUUUCAAGAUGUCUGAAAACAUGGACACUCUGACCGCACGUGUCACUAUUGAAAAUAAACUCCAGACUAAAGAGAACACUUUCACCUGUCAGAUUAAACAAAGCGAUUCUGCAAAGUGGACUUCCACAUCUACAGGAAAACUUUUUGAUGAUCCUUCGGUGGAACUUUCAGCUAUUUACAGUGAAGUCGGAUCUACAUCACAAACGCAGAAACUUCUUUGUAUUGGAACUGGACUUAACCCAAAGAUCAAAUGGGUUCCAGCACCUGUGAUAAAUGAUAGAAAUCAAAUAAGAAUGCAAGCAGAUGGACGUGUGCAAGUGCUCAGUGAGAAUACAGUUCAACAACAGGAAUGGAGUUCUGGAAAGGAUUUCCAGUGUGAGGUCAGCGAACAGGAUUCUUCCAAAAAGGCAGUGAAGAACAUCAGUGUUUGUGCAGAUUUUAAUAAGGUACUACAGGUUUAUCUGUCAGCAAACUCCAUUGGUAACAGGAAACCAAAGGAUGAUGUCUCUGUCACCUGCCGGCUUUUGGGACUCAGGCUAACGGAGUUCACAAUUACUUGGAAAGUAGGAAAAAACGGUACCCCCACAGAUGUUAGACCACAAAAGACCGACGUCCACAGAAAUGGAACAGAGAGCUUUGAUAGUGUUCAAAAGGUCCCAGAUGCAAAGUGGAACAGUUUCAAAACGAUUUUCUGUGAAGUGAUGCACCCGUGUUUCAAAUCCCCAGAGACGUACAACAUCUCUAAAACCAAAGACCCCAAAAUUCCCACAGUCCGAAUUCUCAGUCCCAGUGACCAUGAUCUGUUGGAAGAACACUCCGCAUCUCUUGUCUGCUUCAUCUCUGGAUUCUAUCCCGCUGAUAUCUCUGUGCACUGGGAGCAAAACGGCCAACAGCUGGAUGCGUCCCGCUUCACCAACAGUCCGGUCAGCGGCCCGUCUUCAUCGGGCAGCUAUUCCAUGUACAGCGCACUGAAAUUACAAGGAUCUGAAAGAGAGAAAUGCACUUUCUCCUGUGUGGUCAGACACGAGUCAUCUGAAAAAAGAAUCAGUGACACGAUAGACAACGUAUACGCCUCUGUGCAAAGGUCUGAUCCCUCUAUGGAUCUGCUGCAAGAUAAAAACCAGCUGGUGUGUGUGGUAUAUGACUACAGCCCAUCAGCUAUUAACAUCACUUGGCUCCUAAACAGUGUGCCUGUAGGGCACAUGGGCAGCAACAUCACCUCAGCCAAAAGGCCUGAUGGAAAAUUUAUCAUCAAAAGCCACCUAAAGGUCCAUUCUUCUGAAUGGGCACCUGGGCAUACAUACACCUGCCAUGUAGAACAUGCCACUGGUAUUAAGAGUCUCAACAUCACCAAAACAGAAUUUAUCGAAAAAAUGAUUUACUUCGACGAGAACAAGGAAGACGCGAUCACAGUGGAUCAGGCUGAGGAAACCUGGAACAUGGCUUGUGCCUUCAUCAUACUCUUCAUUAUCACUCUUAUCUAUGGAUGUUCAGUGACUCUGGUGAAAGUGAAGAGCACUUGAUUAGCCGUUGACCGUUAACAAUUUGAAUUAUAAGUAAAUAGAUGCCGUAUUGCUGUAUUGAAAAAUGUUGAACGAAUAAAAAUGGUGGUGUUAGAAUAGAAAUAAAAGUAAAUACUUGUGCUUAAUAAAUGUUUUUCUGCUAUUGUAAAAGUCGCUUCUAAAUAAAGAACAUUCAGUAUA